CCAACUACAACUCCCAGCGGCCCGCGCGGCUUCCGGCCGGCAAGAUGGUGGCGCGCAGGAGGAAGCGUGCGGCGCGGGACGCCGAAGAGGGGAUCCCGAGCCCCCCUGGCUACUCAGCCGUUCCCAUCAAGUUCUCCGAGGAGCAGAAGGCUUCCCACUACCUGUACAUGAGAGAGCACAGAGUUCGAGACGGCGCCAGGUCUUCCUGGCCUCUGAAGAGGACGCUGUUUGUCCUCAAUGUGCCCCCUUACUGCACAGAGGAGUGCCUGGCCCGCCUCCUCUCCCCCUGUGGCCCCGUGCAGUCAGUGGAAUUACAGGGGAAGCCCGAGCUCACCGAGAGCCCCAAGGAGCCAAAGUCGAAGUUUUUUCACCCCAAGCCUGUUGCGGGCUUCCAGGUGGCCUACGUGGUGUUCCAGAAGCCGAAAGGGGUGUCGGCUGCCUUAGCCCUGAAGGGCCCUUUGCUGGUCUCGACAGAGAGUCACCCCGUGAAGAGCGGCAUUCACAAGUGGAUCAGUGACUACACAGACUCCGUGCUGGACCCGGAGGCCCUGCGAGUGGAAGUGGACACAUUCAUGGAGGCGUACGACAGGAAGAUGGCCGAGGAGGAAGCGAAGGCCAAGGAGGAGGAAGGGGUCCCGGACGAGGAGGGCUGGGUGAAGGUGACACGCCGUGGCCGGCGGCCCGUGCUGCCCCGGACGGAGGCAGCCAGCCUGCGGGUGCUGGAGAGGGAGAAGCGGAAGCGCGCCCGCAAGGAGCUGCUCAACUUCUACGCCUGGCAGCACCGGGAGACCAAGAUGGAGCAUCUAGCGCAGCUGCGCAAGAAGUUCGAGGAGGACAAGCAGAGGAUUGAGCUGAUGCGGGCCCAACGCAAAUUCCGUCCCUACUGAGCCGCACGGACAGGGUGGUGGGGAUGGCCAGCAAGGACACGAAGGCCUAGAUGCUCUGAGACUGCCCCGGCCCGGAAGCUGCCACGUCAGACAGCACCAAGAAUCAGCCCACAGGCGGCGGGUAAAGGACAGUGCCACCCGCAGCCCUUGUCUCCAGCAGCCUGAGCCCGGAGCUGGUGAGCCUGCUCGGCAUGAGGACUUGGUUCUCAGGAGCCACCGGCCCAGGAAAGGGUUCUUGCUGCUCCUGUCUCCUCCCAGUCUGUCUGGAUCUUCCGCUAAAAGCUAAGUGUCUGCCAUGUUCUCCCCUUGACCCUCAGUGGCCAAGCCCCGCAGCUGUGAAAGCCCCAAAGGCAGUGAGAGAGAAAAGAACAAUUUAUUCAUCCAGGCGGACACAGGAAAGGCGAAAGAGCUGCUGGCUGCAAGCCGGGCGGCCUGUCCAGUCCUGCACUCCCAGCUCACUGCCGGUUUCCAGCCACAACACAGACCCCGAAUCCAGACACAGUCUCCCCUGUGAACUCACAAAUGUUGGAGACAGAAAUCACACCCCACACCUCUGCUCUGCCAGCUCCUGCUGCUCAAGACCAGUGAGGCCUGGCCCCGUCGUGCCUGGCCUGGCUGGGCCCGGAGCUGGGCGUCGGUGGUGAGUGGUGAGCACAGGUCUCAGUGGCCCCAGGCCCAGGGCUACAGCUGGGCUGGGAUCCUGUUCCCGCUCUGUAAGAAGGAGCCAAUGAUACUGGCCACGUGAUCGGGUUGGUUCAUGUGGACGUAGUGGUUGCCUGGAAUUUCCACAAAAUGGAACCGCUGGGGAAGGAGGGGACAGGUGGUGAGUGGUGGCUCCAGGGGCCCCUCUGGUGGGGCUUUCCUGGGGUCUGCUGCCUCCCUGUGGUUCAUGGCAUCCCUGGGUGAUUCAGGCCUGGCUCUAAGUUCAUGAGAAAGGCCUCUGGGAGGGAAGUGUGCCAGCCCUGGGGGCCUGGGCAUGCUGAGCGGUGAGCUUGGGGAAGUAGGCUGGGCGGAGCAAGUGGCGGUGCUGUUCUGUCCGACCCGCCCAGGAGGGAGCCAAUGGACAGGACAGGAGGGCACCGCCGAUGGCCACGCAGCCACACGGGCUUCCCAUUUCCGGGGCCAGGUGCUCCCCAGGGACAGUCAAGCACAAGUCCCAGCCCUCCUGCUUGGGGCCCACCCCCACCUGCAGCCAGCACCCAGUGAGGGGACUGGCCAUCUGUUCCCAUUUGGGAUCCUAGGAAACUGGGAUGGCCGCUGGCUGAGUCGGGCCUGGCCCCCUGGGUGUGAGGACAAUAAAAUCGGGAGAGUCUGCCAAUGAACAGUCUGCUCUGUGCCAGUUUACGUUGCCCACAGCUGGGAGUGAGGCCUGGUAGCUCCAGGGGCACCUGGUAGACCUGGGGCUGAGCCAGACCAGGAGUCUUAGUGGUUAGAGCACCGGCCUGUGGACUAAAGGGACCCAGGUUCGAUUCUGGUCAAGGGCACAUGCCCGGGUUACGGGCUUGAUCCCCAGUAGGGGGUGUGCAGGAGGCAGCUAAUCAAUGAUUCUCAUCAUUGAUGCUUCUAUCCCUCUCCCUUCCUCUCUGAAAUCAAUGAAAAUAUAUUUCAAAAGAGAAGAGGUAGCACGGUAGAGCCCCGAAGGGCAUGAUGCCCCCCCAUGCCCAGCCACCCUGAGCCCCACACCCACCUCUCCUAGGGCAGAUUUCAGCUGGUCAGUCAUGAACAGUAUGAGCCCCUUGUCAGCAUCAUAUUCUCUCCUCACGUCAAAAAAUCCUCCAGUUGCUCUGGAAAGCAAGAAACCAGGGUUCAUCUCAGGUCCGCCUCCAGCAGUGCCCUGCACCCUGGCCUGAGCUACCCCCCCUCGUCCACAGCUGGGUUCAGCCACUGGGUACCCACCCACACCUGAAGUCCCAGUUUGCCCUGGUCACAGCCAGUGAAUGUAGAGCCAGUGAAUGGUUUGAGUCUGUACUUUUUCUUUCCUUUUUAAAAAAAGUAUUUUUAUUGAUUUUUAGAGAGAGAAAAGCAUCAAUUGGCUGCCUCUUGCAUGCUUGCUACUGCGGAUCUAGCCCUAGGCACGUGCUCUGACUGGGAAUUGAACUGGCAAACAUUGGUACAUGGGUUGACGCUCAACCACUGAACUACACUGGCUGGAAUUU